AUGAAGUCGCUGUUCACGCGCUUCAAGCAACCGGCCGGCACCGGUGGAACCAGCACACCAAACUCGCAUCUCGUCGACGAAAAGGAUAGGCCAGAGUCGCGUCGAGGAGCGUCCACUUUAGCAGCAACACCUGCUGUGUCAGACGACACCGUUCGGGUCUCUCGCACCCGCGCGCAGGCUCCUGCCCGCACAGCACUCCCAACAAACAACAACCCCGAGUCACGUCACAGCUUGACACCGACCAGCACCAGCACCACUCCUUCCACGGUCAGCGACAAGCCCCUCCCUACUCGCCCAACCACUCCCGGUCAUGGCCGUGCGUUCACCGACUCGGCAUCCGACCACCACCGCGAUGCUCGCAACGGCGGCUCAGUGGCACUGCGCAACUCUGUGCUCGGUCGCAAACCCUCGAGCCUCGCAGCGUCUUCCUCGUCUGUCGCGGGAGAUGUGGACCCGACUCUUGAGUGGGCCCUCCGUCCCCAGCACCGCAUGAGCAUGGACAAUGUCAAAAAGGUCAUGUUCCAGAGCCCGAGCCGCAACGUCCAUGCGAGCGAGACCGACCUCCGCGCCGUGGUCGCCGGUCCGUCGCGACACCAGCGGCGUACGUCAAGUCCCCAUCGCCCCGUUUCACCCAGCAGCACACCCACACAAAACAAUGUGUAUGCCUCCCACCCGCGCGUCGUGUCACGCUCGUCCUCGCGCCAGAGCUCACACGUCCGCAAGCCCAGUGGAUCUGGCUCGCACAUCUCAUAUUCCCCCACCAAAUCGACCAUGUCAACCUUGGCACCCUCAGACUGUUCAACAAUGUCGGCCGCCAGCUACCUCCCAAUCCCGGAAAGCUGGAGUGCAGCAAUGGACGAGGAGCUCAUUGCCAACCUCGGCCCCCGCGAGCGUACACGACAGGAGGUGCUCUGGGAGAUUGUUAACUCUGAGGAAAAAUACGUCCAGGACCUGGUCAACCUCAACGAAACGUUCUGCAAGGCCCUACUUCCAGCCCCCGAACUGUCCCCUUCCCUCUCCCUUCCGGACCCUCUCGCCUUGACCCGCACAAUCUCGACGGCGACAACAGAUAACGGCGACCCCCGCCUGCCCAUUGCCGCGCAGUUUGCGAGCUCGCGUUUCUCGUCCGACUCGUUCCGCGACCACCACCUGUCGUCGGCCCAGUCGUCAGAACCGCAACAGUACGAUGGCGAUGCCGCCAGGCAGAACGCGUACGACACGUUAACACGUCCAAAAACAAAGGAGACCCGGCCUGCUCCUCCCUCCCGCUCCGGCAGUGGUACGCGAAGUCGCCUGAGCUUUAACAGUGGUGGCAAGCGCGAGAGCGGGCACGUACGCAAGUCUAGCAUUGGAAGCAUCAACGCCAACGGACCGGUGACCCUCCCCGACGACCUGGAACAGGUGCUCACCGUCAUCUCGUCUGGCAUUCUUGAGGGACACAUCAAGCAGGUCACCGCUCUGCGCAAGCGAUACGACGAGCAGUUUCCGCUCGUUCGUAGUUUGGCGGAUGUCUUCACCUCUCACUCUGACAUCCUUCGCGAGUAUGCGACCUACAUCAUGCACCUGGAGCGUGCUCUUGCGCAGGUGGACGAAGCGAUGGCCAUGGCCGACCAGAUCGCGACGGGUGGCCGGCGCUCGUCCAGGCGGCUGGAAGAGACCCAGCUGGGUCGACUGAGCAAGCUGCUCGUUGGCCUCGAGGACCUUGCGGCUGAGCGUGGCGAGGCGUGCUUGAGCAUCUCGCUGAGUAAACCGUUCCAGCGUUUGCUCAAGUACCCUCUGCUGUUUCAGAACCUCCUCUACAACACGUCACCUUCCACUCGCGAAUACGAGGCAACAGUCGCCAUGGUUGAGGAGGUGCAGCGGAUUGUGCGCAGCAUCGAGGACGAGAAAUCUUCGUUUGAAGAGCGUGAAAAGACGCGCGACGUGUGGGCGCGGAUCGAAGGCAUUGAAAAGAACAAGCAGCUCAUGGCGCCUCGUCCGAACCGCCUGGUCGUGUCCGAGAUCAACCUCACCGAGAAGCGCGAGGGAGUCCCGUCUGCGGCUUCCAAGGAACGCAAGAGCCAGCACCGCCUGAGUGACAUGCUCAAAAAGGGCAGGAAACCCGACCAGUGGGUCGUCAGGUUUACAGAUGUCAGCCUCCUUUGCGAGCUGGCGGGUACGACCACGCUCCCGAUGUCCACCACGUCCAAGUCUGGCAACACUGGCGCCAAGUCUGAAAGCGUCACGGACCUGAAUAACAAGCGUCUCAGCAAGCGUCACCAGUCCUUGAAGCCAAGAAACCUGUAUCGCUUCAUCAAGGUCUACGAGUGGUACGAGCUUCCUGCAAGGGCCCAAGCACCGCGUGUACCUGUGGUGGACAAGUUUCCGCGCCGCCCUCCGCUUAGUGACCUUCAAGAGGGCAAAGCAGUGUCUCCCAACCGCACGCCGGACCGAACCGUCCCGCUCAAGACUGGCGACGAGUCGCCAUCCAAGGUCACGUCCCUUCGGGCCGGAAGCACGUUUGACGACGCCAUGUCGGACCGCAUGUCCGUCAUGUCCUUUGCCUUCCGCGGCGAAGCGCGGCCCAACCCCGCCGUCCGCGUCCGCGCGACCAACACGACCAACACGACCAACACGACCAUCUCGCCCAAGCUGCGCAGCAGCGUGACUGGCAGGACGACAGCCGCGUCCCUCGACCGCGACCGCCGCGCCUCGUCGGGCAUGGGCAGUGCCGCCGCCGCGGCAAAGUUUGCCCACCGCCUUCGAUCUGCCGAAGAAGACCUGGCCACCACCACCGUGCGCCCUGCCAGCCGCGUCCGCCGCUCCUUACCGCCGGCAAUGGCGCUGGGGCCCUCAGAGCGGAGCAGCUCGCGCAUGGAGUCGCCCACCCGCCCACCGUGGAACAGCGGGUCGGGCGGGGGCGGGCUCUCGCGCCCGGCCUCUGUCGCCGCAACACACCCGCUCCGCCCGCGCACCUCCGCCUCGGGCGUGGCUGGCGCGACCAUCUCGUCGAUGGCCAAGGCCGUCCCCGACGACCCCGUCGGUCUAGGCAUCUACGACACGGACAAGAGUGCGACAAGUGCCAGUGCAAGUGUCAGUGCUACCGGCGACGCAAAAGUGCCCGCGGGCGUCAGCGCAGCCACGGCAGCGAGGAUCGCGCGGCGCAACCUCGGCGGCCACAUCUAA